CGGCUAUGGAGGACCACUAACAAACAUUUACAAAAUGAACAAGAUUUGGAGCAGCUGCUCGGAGGCUCCAUUUUUCUUGAAGUGACCUUGCGCAUGAAAAAGAUGAACGGAGGUCCGGGAAAUGGUGAAAAUGUGUUGAAAGAAGUUGUACUCAUUAACGAUGAAAAGGACCUGGAGCAGAGAAACCAC